ACAAGCGAGAGCUCGUGUCUCAAUCACAAUGUUGGCGACAGUGGCGCUUUUGUGUAUGCUCGUCGCAUCAGCACGAACCAUAAACUACAGCUACGCUACUCCUGCUUACGGCGUGGACACGUAUGAGUACUCGGGACCAGUGCCUACAACAAGAUACGACGGCCACGGUGGCGACAGGGAGCCGAGCUACAGCACGAAGACCUCACGGAAAGAAAGCCGUUCUACCUACCCAUCGGCGCUCAGUGGCAGCAGGUAUAGCUUGGAGCCAAGCUACGUAACAGAGCGUACUAUCUACCCGUCCGGUGACAGUAGUUACCUCGAUAGGCCUGUUUACGCUGAGGAACCGCGCGACUACGGGACGCGGCGGACAGCCGACCGCAUCACCGUCGGACACGCGACGGAACUCCAUGGUUACGACGCGCCCGCCAGCAAUAACCUAACGCCAGAUACGCGCGGCCCUAACAGCCGCCGUUAUGACGAUGCACACCCGCUACGCUCGCGUGAGUCAACGCGUGCCGGCGACGAGCGGACCGCAUACAGCGAGUACAAAAGGAGUGAAUCGGAUGGACGUCCUAGCGCUUAUGCGAAGCUCGAACCGUAUUCUCAUCCCAACGCGCAUGAAUUAGGACCUGGGCGCGAGCCCUAUACAUCCCGCGGGGUAGCGGUAGAAAUUCAGGAUGGGCGUUCUUUAAACGGAAGGCAGAGAGAUGGCUACGGACGCAGACCUUCAUCACCUGCUGCACCCCGUCAUGAUGAUAACAUUAGACCGAGCUACAAAAAUUCGAACAGCGAAUACCCGAAAAAUCGGCACGUAUCUUCUGAGUCCAGUAUAAAGAGUCGUGCUUUGGGUGUACGGGCGAACGAUUUCGAUACGCUACUCCCUGGCCAUAGACCGAACCAGAGGGCAAAUGACAAUGAAUAUGAUAUUGGUAGAAACAGAAACAUAUUUAGUUCAAUGAGAAUCGAAGUUGAUGACCCCAUAACACGAAGUGGAUACGCACAAGAUAUACGUUCCGACCACGUCGCUGACUAUGGACCGGCCCGAGACAGCUACGAUAGCCGUCUGUCUGGACACGGAAACGAGGAUAUCUACAGAACUGAUACAAGAACCUAUGCUGCGAAUAAAGAAUCUAGGAAACCAUACGGGUCUUCUUCUGAACCUGCAUUUAAAUUCCCCCAUUCUGGAACGUACGAUAACUACUUCGGUUCUAGGUCGAAAGAUUACGGAGGACCAUCGGUCACCACCUACUCUGAGAAAGUGGAAAAGAAGCAGCCUGUGGCAUACAACGCCAUCAGGGAUAGUAGGCGGGAGGCGGACGACGACUAUGGCGUCGGUCGCUCACAUGAUGACUUAGCAUGCAUCAUACGCCAUCUACCGGCAGACCCUGAGGUCGCUCACAUGAUGGCUUAG